AGUGUCUCUAUCACAARCCCCUGGGGUUCGAGGCUGGUUCAGUGACACCGGACCAGAUUAGCUGUUCUAACCAGGAAGAGUACAGCGGCUGGUAUUCCUCCUGGACCUCCAACAGGGCACGACUCAACAGCCAGGGCUUCGGGUGUGCAUGGCUGUCUAAGUUCCAGGACAACAGCCAGUGGAUCCAGAUUGACCUACAGGAUGUGGGUGUGGUCUCAGGUAUCCUGACCCAGGGUCGCUGUGAUGCUGAUGAGUGGCUGACCAAGUACAGUGUCCAGUACCGCACCGAUCAGAACCUAAACUGGAUCUACUACAAGGAUCAGACUGGCAACAACAGGGUGUUCUAUGGGAACUCGGACCGCUCGUCGUCCGUUCAGAACCUGCUGCGUCCUCCUAUUGUGGCCCGCUAUGUUAGGCUCCUCCCUCUGGGUUGGCACACCCGCAUCGCCCUGCGCAUGGAGCUGCUGAUGUGUAUGAACAAGUGUACCUAAAACCCAUGACCCUAACCCUAAYAACCCUAACCCCUAACCUCUAACYYUGUCUAUCCUACUGGGCACAGAUGUCAGUUCAACGUCUAGUUUUGAUUUACAUUUGGUUAAGUUAUCAACUAACGUAAAUUCAACGUGAAAUCAAGAAUCAAAUUCACCAUGUCAUGUGAUUUAGGCUAAAAGUUGGGUGAAAAUAUGAAAUGCUCUCACGUUGAUUUGUUUUACACAUUUAUUCAACGCUAUCAAAUGUAUUUUUUGUGUUGAAAUGWCAUGGAAACCACGUUGAUGUAAUCAGUUUUUGCCCAGUGAGGUCAGUGUCCACCUUGCCCUUCCAACUUAACUCCCAGACACCAAAGGGMGACAUUAUUUAAGCAUUUCAUUGUACACUUGGCUGUAUGACGUGCAUAUGACAAAUAAACUUUGAUUUGUUACUGGUCCGGUAACCCUGUCAAGACACAGUACCCAGCUAGUAACAAUAGGAUGUCUUGAUCUCUUACUCUGUUUGUCUUCUAGGGGCUGUGGCUGUCAGUGUGUUUUAUUGGCAGAGACCAUUGUGUGUUUACCUUUUUUAACUAUAGUAAAUAAUACAGUAUUUAAUUUGCAUAUACCCUGCCCAUUCCCCUCCCCAUAUCCCAAUUUG